UGAACUCUCCUAAACAUUAUUAGUUCGAAAGGUCUGGAAUAGACCGCCUGAAAGAUAAGAUAAAAUGCCACCGCAGUCCGAUGACAAGCGCCAGGCCGCUCGAGAGGUGAUUGACAUUCUUCACGAGAUCUCAACGCUCCUGAACACCGAUCUGGAUCGCACUGAGCUCUCUCUGUGUGUCUCUUUGAUUGAGAAUGGUGUUAAUCCGGAUGCGCUCGCUACGGUGAUUAAGGACCUACGAAAGGAGUCGGUUCCUACUCCCCGUGGGUUUCCGAAUGAGCAGGAUUGAUCUUGUUUUGUCGUCUUCUCUUGCCUACAUUUGUUCCCCUUACACUUUCAAGAUCCAUUGGGGCUUCUUUCGCCAUUGGGAGUGUUUUUAGAGAUACCCACUGUUAUGCGCCGCUGAUGAAAU